UUGAGUAUCUCUUGCGAUCUGUUCGUCUGUGGAUUGGGGAAAGUGUUCUUCACUCGGUCACUUCCCUUCACAUACGCGAUGGCGGCAAAAGCUCACAGGAGUUUCUCCAAGCUUAUGAGUGUGAAUUCGAGGUUCUUGUCCAGGAAAAGCGAGGGCCAGAAUGUCGCAGUGAAAGUGCCGAUGCAGAAUAAUGUAGCAUCCAAGGAUCGAGUGGUCGCCUUUUAUGGCAGAGCAGCGUCACAGGCAAGGAGCCACCAAAUUCAAUCAGCAGCUUCAUCACCUCAGCUGCCAGUUCCUCAGAAGGAGGAAAACCAAGUACCCGAUUUCACUCAUCUCUAUGAGGACCGUGGACUGAAUCCUCUGAUAGCCGAGUUCAAUGAAAAGGCCCACGAUUGGCUUGUCACGCACGAUGUCCACACUCAGAUGGGCCCGGAGGGAUGGAAGGAAUUCAAGUCAGGAAGAACCCCGUAUUUGGUGGGUGAAGUGUACCACGACGUUGAUCGGAAGGACUUUCUUUGGUGUGCCAAGUUUAUAGCUUGGAUUUCCUGUCUUGAUGAUUUUUGCGACAAGCUUGAAAUCUGGAGCGACAUGAAUAAAACCAUCGGUCUCAUCCUCGAAACGCAGAAGGUUAUCUUGUGGUUCUGCUCUGAGGACCCUCGUCUCCUCCGAAACUUGGAGAUGGUGUUCGAUUGUAUCCCCACCGACCAACGUGACGAUGUCUUUAGUGCAUUUGCGGAUUCCCUCGCCUACGCCCGCACCAGCUCUCGCGCAGGACUGAUGAGUUUAGAUUUGCAGCCUUUAGCAUCAGCUCUCAGAGAAUUAUUAAUUGAGUACUGUGAACGCCUGCCAUAUGACUGCAAUGUCAGAAUGGCCCAAUAUAUACAGAAUUAUGCAUUGACAAUUGUUACUGAGACGAAGAGCAGAUUAUCCGCAGAGUAUCAUACUUCAGUGGCUGAAUUCACCGACUUUCGAACGCGAUCCAUUGGCGUGCAGCCCCUGAUAGGUUUGACGGAUCUCUUCAUCGAUUCUCGACGGUGGCCCCAAAUUCCGAAGGAUGUGUUUGUCGAUACAAACGUGCAAGCCCUCGUGGACGCUUCCUGCCGUGCCGUAGCAUGGGACAACGAUAUGUCCUCAUUUUCAAAGGAGGUUCAAGAGCGAGGAGAUCGUUUCAAUGUGAUCUUCAUCAUCAUGGAAGAAUGCGGAUGUUCGCAAAUCGAAGCUAUGAAUCGCGCGAAGGAAAUGUUUCAAAACGAGAUCAAUGAGUUCGAGACAAGAGUGGCAAACUUGAAGGUUGAACCUCAGUAUCAGAAUGCUGUGGCAGAGUACGUGAGAAUAUGCAGACUCAUUAUUCUAGGCAUCCCACGAUGGCAUCGUAAGUCACAAAGAUACCAAAAAGAGGACCACUACUUGAGAUAAAGAGUCAUCUAUCGGCUAGAGCUUUUGUCAUAUAUCAAGUCAGCUCUUAAGGAGCCGACUGAUGGUCAAGUCAGUAUUAUCGCUCAUAUCUUAUAUAAGAAUAAAGGUUUGUAACUAUGAUUUC